AUGUGUAUCGAUCAAGAAGAACUAACUGUAACAACAUCUCAAGCCAUUGAGAACACUUUAUUGAUUCAAAUUCAAAAUUGUCGCGAACAUUUUCAAACAGUAAAGCAAGUAAGUGAACACUUGUAUGCAAAAGAACCUCAAACACAUAGAACAAAUUGUCAACAUAUAAUAACAAAACAUGUUCAAAUGGAAAGUGAUCCUAAUUUUGGUAUGACAUUAUCUUCAGAAACAAUGAUGAGCAAUAUCAAAAUGUAUGAAAAUAACACAUCUAGUGAAGGCGCAACAGUAAAAAACAAGUCUCCUGACGACAACCUUGCCGUUUUCAUUCCUCAUACACGUAAGCCAUUAAAGCACGCAGAAAGUGUGCUUGCGCUUUAAGAAUUGUAUAACAAUCUUCCAUUCGGUCUUCUACAAUGAAAACAAGAUUCAAAAAAGCUUCAGUAUGUAAGAUAUCAAGUUUAUGAGCAGUAAGGAAUGCCAGUAAUAACUACGACUUCCGCUUUCAUGUAUUUCAG